AUGAACAGUGGAUUGGCACUCACAUUGUACUUGAUGACAGUUGGUUACCAAAGCACAGUUCACACUUUCGGAGCCAAAAUAGUCAUCCACGAUCCGAAUCAAACUCCAAAUCCAGAAGACGAAGGACUCUUUAUCAAUCCAGGACACGACACCUUAAUAUCCUUAAAACAGACUCUCUACCGAAGAUUAUCACAUCCUUAUCCAGAUGGUUGCAAAGAUUACGAUGCCGAUAUUAGUUCCAAAAUAAGAACUAAAAACGACUGCAUUCGAGCUUGUAUCCAAAUGGAGUCCUACGAAAAAUGUGACUGCAUUGAUCCGUCUUUAGGAAUCACGAGCAAUUUCAGACCCUGCAACUUAUCAAACGCAAAGGAAUCCUGCUGCCUGAACGAAGUACUAGAUGCCAUGGCCCGGAGUGCUUCCCCUUGCGACUGUCCCUUGCCAUGCGUAUCUCUGUAUUACAACGAACAGAUUUCAAGAUCCCGUCUCGUAUCACGCGAUAGGUUAACACGGUGGUUUUUGCAGAAUGAUAAAGUGAUGAUCAAAGUGUUCUACUCCAGCAAGGAAAGGCUCGUGUACGAUCAGAUGCCCAAGUGGAAAGGAUCUGAGCUUUUCAGUCACAUAGGAAACGAGCUUUCAUUGUGGCUAGGCAUUUCUGUUUUAACAGCUUUUGAGCUUUUAGAAAAACUUAUCUUGUUCACGAAGAAUGUUUGCUUACUAAAUCGAAAAUGA